UCUCAGGCUCUUGUUGUUGGAGCAGUCCAUCACACAGUAGUAGCGUCUCGUGUCUCUUUAAAUGCGGGUUGCGUAGCCGCUUCAUGAAUGAAACCAUGUGAUCCAAACAUCAUUUGACGUCUGGCGCCUCCGACCAUAAAGGAGUGGAUGUAUCUAAAGACCUGCGAGAAGGCGUGAGCGGAAAAAAACAUUCCUCCAACUGCCUCGGCUCUUCCCCGGGUCGACCAACCAAGCGGCGGAACCCCAACCUCCGAGGGUGCGGCGGGCGAACGGCGCCGGUUUGACUUCUGGGUCUGUUCAGAAGAGCAAGUUAAUUGUGGCAUGACGACGACUAACAAAGGAAAUAAAGCCUUGAAGGUGAAGCGUGAGCCGGGGGAGAAUGGCACCAGCCUCACAGACGAUGAGCUGGUGACCAUGUCGGUGCGAGAGCUGAACCAGCACCUCCGGGGUCUCACCAAAGACGAGAUCCUGCAGCUGAAACAGCGGCGACGCACCCUGAAGAACCGGGGCUACGCUGCCAGCUGCCGGGUGAAGCGGGUCACCCAGAAGGAGGAGUUGGAGAAGCAGAAGGACCAGCUGCAGGAGGAGGUGGACAAACUGGCCAACGAAAAUGCUUCCAUGCGCGUUGAGCUGGACGCUCUGAGGUCCAAGUACGAGGCCUUGCAGACCUUCGCAAGGACUGUGGCACGGAGCCCUAAUGUCGGGGUCGGGGUCAGGGCCGGAGGGGGCGGAGGAGGGAUGGCGUCAUCAGUCAUCGGUCCACUCAUACCGGGGAAGAUGGCAACAGCGACGAGUGUAAUUACAAUAGUAAAGUCAAAAACAGAUGCACGGUCUUGAGGGAGGGAAAGAUAGAUGAGGGUGUAUCGGGAUGGAGUUCAGCUGCAUCCCAGUAAUUCUUCUUCUCCGUCAUCCCCCUCUCCUCCCCCUGCAUCGACUUCAAAACAGCUGGGCGAUCUCCAUCACUUCGCCUCAGCACGUUUCUGUCUCCUGUCUCAGAUCAGUGCAGAUGAAGGAAAGGAGGGAGGCAGAGGACGGUUAUUGAGACUACACAGAUGCAAGGCCCUUGGUCGGCGAAAGAUAAUUUAGCACAGCACAGAUAGACAGGGUUCCUAUGGUCACUGAAAACCUGGUACAGUCAGGGAAUCUAAGAAUUUAAUGUGGGGAAAAAAACAAAACCCCCCCAAUUUCUUUGGAAAUAUCAUGCAAUUUUUCUUCAUCUUCCAUUUAAACCAUGCGAAUGUUCAGUGUCAGGUUUUACUGGUGGUGGAUCUAACUAUCUGUAAAUGCAGAAUCAUCCUGUCACACAUUUGCAAACUAGAUCUUAAUACGAGAUUUAAAUCAGCUACACAAACCAACAUAUUCUAAAACCACAUGUUCCCUGACCUACAAAAGAAUAACCAAGAUUCCGUGUGACCUGCUGAUUUCAGUGGCUGCAGAGACGUUCCAUCUUGCUCUACCUAGCCAAGAACUUUUUCGGAAUAAGUACUAUAGAAAAAUAUAUAUUACAAAUUGGUGGUAACUGUAUUUCUACUGUUUUUGUACUGUGUUGUCAUUCACAUGAGGUCCAAAGUGUAUUCUCUGUGUGUGAAUUGUUAUAUAUCAGGAAUUCUGUGAAAUUCUGUGACGCGUGUUCGUUUUGGUAUCGCUAUAUUUAGUUAGCUGUAUUUUUUCUACGAUCUCUUCACUUUCUAUAUGUCCGACUCUCCUUCUCUUGCUCUCUCUUUAACUCUGUCCUUUCAUUUUAUUUGAAUUUCCGACUGGGUUACGUACAGUAUUUCCUGGAUUUAACUGAAAGAGGAGAGACAAGACAAUAGAUAUUUACCAAAAAAAUAUGAAAAAGCAACAUACUGUAGAAAGAGGGCGACGACGGUAUUACAAGUCUCAGUUUGUAAGAGUUUGCAGGAAAAUGGUUGUUUAAGAUAAACUUAGAUGAAGAUGAUCUCUCAGAAUAGUAGGACAUUUAGACGGGCAAGGACCUUGGUCUCCUAAUGAUAUGCAUCAAGAAGAAGUCAAGAGGACAUGAGAAAUUGUGGAAGGACGAUGGAGAUCCAGGGGAGGUGGUUGCUUAUACCUGCGCUUGUUGGGACAUACUGACCAAUCAGGACUCAUUUAACAUUUGACAUUCGCCAUGCGUUGUUAUAUGAGCUGUGUAAUAGCCAUCGGGAUUAAUAAUAAUAAUGAUAACAGCCAUUUAUGUGAUUUGGAAGUUCAAUUACUUACUUAGGAGUCUAUGUUUAUCUAGAUUUUAUUGCACACUUUUUGGAAAGGUUAUAUUCUGUGAUUAGGGAGAACCCAUAUCUGUUUGACGUAAAUUUGUUCUUGUGUUUACGAAUAUGAAUAUAAAAUCUAGGUUAUUACGCCUACAGCAAUGUGAUAACGGUCUAUGCUGCAUCCCUCUCGCUUUUAACCACAAAGCUCAUUUUGCAAGAGCAACAUGUGUUUACUGACGGUGCAGCACGAACAGAAAAAAAAAGGUAUUUCUCUGAACUUCCAGUCACACAAAUGAGCUGUCAUCUCACACGAGCUUUGCCAUAAAAGUAGUCCUAUGUGGUGUUCUAUACUCAAAAAAUCAUUGUCUAUGUAUGGUAGAGUCUGGAGUUUUAUAAAGACAAUUAUCUUUGCAUUGUUUGUAACGACCUGUUUAAAAAAGAAAAGGUAUAGCGAAAUCUGUUUGAUAUACAGUAUCUCUCUAUUUUGCAAUUGUACCAAAAGUGGCUUAACUACUGAAUAGCUUUGUUUCUUCUCUAGUGACUAGGCACGUGUGUGUAACCGUGAACUAGCGUGUGGUGUGUGCUGUGUAGGUAUGUGACGAGGUAACUAUGAUGUUGGCUAUUUCUUGGAUAAGACUUUCACUCUUUGUUUGAUUUCCGGGCCGAAGCGGGUGAUGACACCGUUGGUAACUGCACUCUUUACUCUAAUCAUGAAAUCUUUGUCCUCCUGGCCAUGUUAUUCAGCUCAAGCACUGCAGUCGAGUUACAUCGGUUGUUAAUCUGCUCGUGGUCUGAAGCUGUUAUUUGUUAAUUUUAGGAACUUCUCUCCCCCCGUGUUUCUGGACAGGCCUGUGUGGCGCUGAUUUGGUUAUUGCAGUGUUCAACGCUCAUUAUCGCUAAUAACAUGACCAAUUAUUGGUUUACCUCACAAGCUUCGGAACAUGUGUAUUCAGGAUAUCUGAUAACAGACAUGUUAAACAUUGAGUCUGUGCAUCACCCCUUCUCUUUCACUAAGUUGUUUUUUGUAGUGUGUGAUCAAGGUAUUUGUUUUUGCUGUGUACAUUUAUAUAAUUAUCGAUAUUUAUUGUUGUUCUUGUUUUGUUUGCUUUUGAACUGUUGCUACGUGUCAGGGAAGUGAAAUAAGAUUUGUUAUUAUAUUUAGUGUUUUAUGAAGAAAAUCUAUUCUGUGAAAGAGGGAGGUUUACCAUCAUGAAGUAUGAUUGCCUCAAAAACUUUUUUUUUUAACGAAGGAACCCAGAUUUAAAUUGAGUCAUUUACUGUACGAGAAGCAAUUUACAAUUUCGUAAAAAAAAAAAAACAUAACAUCCAUGCAGCCUUUUUACCUGAACCGCUACUUUUCCACUGUGAAGAAAAAGGAUUAUGGAGCCUACUGCUGUGCAGUUAUUAAGAUUAGUAAAUUGUGUCCUCAUCUGUACAGUACAUUAACAGGAAAGGGAUUCAAACAGGUGAACACUGAGCACUGAAGGAAGGGAACAGGUUUGAGAUUUUAAUAAUGUUAUUUCUCAAUAAUUGUUCCACUGAUAACCAUUUGCAUGUUCAGUCGAGCGUAAAACCAGAGAGCUACAAAUGUCAAAUGAAAAUUUCCAAUACAUUUAUUUCAAAUGUCUUAUCACAGGACUAUACAGUAGGUAUCGCACCCAUUGUGUUCAUGGAUUUCUUUAUAUUUGAAAAGGUUUACCCGUUUUUUUAAAUUUUUCUUCCAUAUACCCUUUAUUUCUGUCCCUCUCUGGCCUCCUGUCUGUCUUUACAUUUGCUUGUUGAAUGAUGUUUUCCAGUCGUUUUUAUUAACCAGCAAAUCCUGGUAGGGCUGUGGUGUGUUGUAUAAAAUACAAAGGCACUUGAUGUUUUGGUUUGUAACAUCUAAAUGCGAAACAUGAAACCUACAGGUCCUUUGUCAAACUGUACGUGUUGUUACCAGAUAUGUUUCCCCCUCUUUGUGUUUUUGAUGCUUCUCUAGUUUUGAAAGGACGUGUACUGUGUCAACAUGCUGACCGCUGUUAAAUGGACAUCUCUAAUUAUGCAACUAACUGUGGGGCAAAAUUAGAACUCCUGCCACACAUGAGCAGUGAUGCUAUCGUAGACGUUGUGUCAAGUUGUCUGUCUUAUAAUCGCAGGUACAGUUUGAUGUGACAAGGUUAAAACGCUUAUAUACAGAGUGUUUUGCAUUUUAUACUCGGUUAUAAAUACCAGCGCCAGUUUGUCUCUGUUUAAAUCUCGCUUAUGUGGUGUGGCUUAUCUUGUUCUUUUUCUUAUUACUCUUUACUGUCUCUUAACAGUUAACUGUGAAAAACAUGAAAUCAUAAAUUAAAUUUUUUUGCCAACUGAGAAAAAAAACGGGAUGCAAAAAUAUACUGUAGCUGUCAUGCAAUGCCUCCAGUCCAACUUAAUAAUGUCGUUAUUUUUGUCUUCCAGAUUUAAGUAUCUUGUGGAUUUAGUGUGUUGGGUCUCUUUCAGAAGUUUAAUCCUAAUUUUCACUCAGCAAACAUGAGGAGAUGACAGCAGGGACAUAUAGUGAUCACACAGGGGUUAGCUUUAGUGGCUUAUCAUAACAGAGUUUAUGAGCUUGUAAGACACGCUGGCCUUAUUUUGCUUCUGCUGCCUGAACAGAGGUCAUACCCUGCUUAUGAAAAGACCAUUUCAUCACACACCCAAGCAACCACUCCUAAACCACAUCCAUAAAUAUUUUACAGCGGCAGAGAGGAGCGGUGGAGAAACAUCUGAUAAACCUCACUUACCCACUUCCCACCCCACUUAUCCCAUCCCUAUUUUACAAAGUGUCUGCAAAUGAACUGGAGCGAGUGCUUCUUCAAAAACACCCAAAUCCUCUGGAAGAUACAAAUCAUUAACUCCUUAUCUUGCUGUGCGGCCGAUCAGUAUGAAGUCAUCCGGUUGUUUUCUGUGUAGUGAAUCACACCACCGGGCUCUAAACGUCCUUUGACCCAGAUAUGAUGCAGGUUAUUGAGUGUGAAUGAGGUAAAGGAUUUGAUUUGUCACCCCCUUCUGCUGCCCCUGCCCUCAUCUGUUGUCCCAACCUCUAACAUAAAAUCUUACCCAGGUAUCACAUCAUAUUCUUCUUUUCUCUAUAUGAGGUGAGCAUUCGGCCAGGUUGCUCCGGGGAGCUGGAAUAUAUUUGUGUUUUUCUAAAAGUAUAUAACGGUCGGUUUAAAGCUAUAGAAAAGUAGUGAGUUUGUGUGAAUAUGGCGUAGCCUGUUCAGAAAAGCCCUUGUUAUAGGAAAAUUCUGUGUUUUGUAAUAUUUCUGUAUGGGGUGUAAUAAAUUAUUCUACGACAGUACUUUCUAUGGGAAAAUACUUAAAAUGUGACGGUCUUUGUAAGUAUUUAUCUUCGACUAAAUUAUUGUACUUUUUUUUAUUUGUAGAUAUGUAAGUGAUGAUGACAAGGUACUGGUAAUCAUGAAAUUAACUGUUUCAUCAUCGGUCUGAUGCAUCUUUUAAUUUAUUGAUGUAUAUACUGUAUGUUUGUUGAUAAACAGCUUACUUUAUUUUGUAUAUGACCAAUAAACAUGUUUUAAAAUGAAA